AUGCCUCGAUUGGGAUUUGGGUCUGGAGGAUUGAAGGGUGAUGUGGGAAUUGACGCGGUUGAAUAUGCCAUGAAAAGUGGUUAUACCUUAGUGGAUACCGCUCAGCAGUAUGCAAAUGAAGAAGGUGUCGCUAGGGAGAAGAUCUACAUAUGUACUAAAUGGCAACCUCCUCCAGAAGGUUCUGACUUGCGGCCCACCCCUGAGCAAGUGAGGGACGAAGCGCAUCGAUCUGUUCUCCGAUUGGACAAAUCUGGAAAAGAGUAUCUAGAUAUGAUGUUAAUUCAUCAUCCCAGGCCUGAUGCCGAGGGCAGAGCGAAUUUCUGGAAAGGACUAGCGCUCGCUCAAAAAGAAGGAUGGGUGAGAGAUAUUGGAGUUUCUAAUUACUUCGUCCCCAUUCCCAAAGCAUCAUCCUCUUCUCGAAUCGAUGCGAACAAGGACUUGUACGACUUUGAGCUCGACGAGCAGGAUAUGAAGGAUUUGGAUGGACUUGACCAAGGUUCCGCUGGUAGAGUUUCAGGUAUCGAUCCUGACAACUUGCCCGAGUAG